AUGCUCUUGGAGAAACCAUCAAGUCUUUCCAAGCACCCGGACUUAGGUAAGGGGUAUGAAUAUGGCCCUGCAGUACAGUUUACCCCUGGCUUUUUCACAAGCAUCCCAGGAAAACAAGCCGUUAAGCAAGCCCCCAUCCGCCAAAAAGGCCACUCUCAAUACCCGAAAGACAACUUCUCAUCAGGCUCGGUUCAAGGAGCUUGCGGUCUUCGAACUUCUUUCUCUGCUAUUGGUAACGAGCCGACCGCAAACGUCACUACGAGCAACCUCCCUGUUGCUAGUUCCCCGAAUCGAGCACCACCCCCCACAGCAAGCCAUAGCCCUCUGCUAAAUGACCACGGAAAUUCGGACAAAUGGGAGGUAGCGAGGGGCGUCCCAGGGGCGACCAGGAACCCCCCUUUUCCAGACUCCUCCCCCAAAGAACCCACAAGGCCACCCACCCAAACCCUGGCGACCCGGGUUGGAAACAAGCCCCCGAGUGCCCCGGGUGAGGAGGAGAGGUCAGCCCAGGCUUCGGCCGCGGUCGGGGGACUGCCGUCCAAUGCAGUAGCGCGCAUCUCUCCACCGGCAGCACACAUCUCUCCACCAGCAGUACGGGAUCGUAACCACAACGCAAUUCCGAGCUUUGGAUCCCCCUCUCGCAAGCAACAAGAAUCACUCGAGGACGCGGCUGGGGAAGGGAGAAGCAAGCCUCAACACCCCCCACUCGUGCCACCAGCGGGUGGCUCUCGCCGCCUCGGGGAAGAAUCCAUGGACCGGGCUCGGAACUAUACAGUAAAUCGGCCGGUGAAAGAGAUUCAGCAUGUUGGGCUGACAAAGUCCAUUCACCGAGUUCGCCCAGUGUCGCGGAGUUCGAAUGUGUCUAAGCAGAGGUCGAGAUGCGGAUCUCUAGCCUCCAGUCCAAUCAUACGGCAACGGAGAGUCAACAUUAGCCAUGAGUUCACGACUGGGAUGGCCGGUGUCAUCAACCAAUUUACGCAGCAGCAGAGCGCUGCUCUUGAGGAGCAGAAGUCGAAAUACCACAAGUACAUCAAACAACUCAAACGGGACCUUGCCGAUGAAUCUGGCGUAGUCGCUCGGCAAAUUUCCCAGAUCGAUGCGCAGACAAACCAGAUCAACGAUUUACGGGAUUCGCAAGAACAGAUGGUGGGUCGAUUAAAAGACAUUGAAGCCAAGUUGGGAGCGUCCGAAGACCGAGCCCGAAAACUCGAAGAAAGGUAUCGCGCCUGCAAAACACACCUCAACUCCGCCAUCCAGGAACAACAGGAUCUGUACACUCGUUCGAAGAAGCAUUGGGGAGACGCAAUCGAGGAAAUACAUUCCCUCACGCUCGAGGUCAAUGAGAAGGAAGCUGAGCUGAGUCGAGAGCGGGAGUCUGUUAACUCCUUGUCCGAAAAGCUACGUGAUCUCCAAGACACCUCCAGUGGAUUUGAAAAGUUGGCUGUCCAGGGAAAGGAGAUAAUGCAAAAGCUAGGAGAGCAAUACGAAAAGGCGGAGGAGCACCGAAAUAACUCCGCGGAGGAGUUACGGGAAAGGCUUAACGUGAUUGUCACUCGCCUCGAAACGCUUUCCAACUUGAUGUCCGGGCAACCAGACGCCAUGUGCGGCAUUCGGAAGGCCCAAGAUGAAUCAUUGAAUAGGCGACUUGACAGUAUCCUGGGGUCACGAGCUGCGGCCGCGGAGGCGACCAGCCAAUUGUCGGCUGACCUUGAACUUCACACAGGGAAAAUAUGGCAGCGCCUUGACAAUCACCUCGAGUCACUCAGUAAGCAGUUGGCGGAGAAAGCAGAGGAGAAUGGCAUGGUGUCAACGCUAUACAAAAGGAAAGACGCCGAAUGCGAGGAACACUUGAACGAGCUCGCAAUGUUGAGGGCGACCACGGAAAAGCAAGUGGACCAAAUCCAUGAACUCGAAGCAAGCUUGGUUGUCUCAGAUGCAGCCCAGGACCAGAACGAGGAGACAAUUCGACGGCUGGAUGAGCGGGCCACAGAGACGGAGCGGCUGAGAGAGGAGGUCAAGUCCAAAACGGCCGCCGUGGCCGAACUGCAGAGCAGGCUCGAUGCGAAAGAGGCAGCGUUUUCUUCCGAACUCCAGAACUGCAGCUUGAACAUACAAAAGCUCGCUCAUACACUUCACGAGAAGGAUCAGUUCUCGACUAACGCGGCUCAACAAGCGGUGGAAGCGGCCCGUCUGGAUAUGCGAGCCGAAAUGGAGAAGGCCCACGCAAAAGCCGAGAAAUCCCUCCGGGAAGCGACAAAAGAUCGGGACGCCUUGGCUUCCCAGGUUGAAGAACUUAAACGACAGGUCCAAGAAAAGGAGACGAGUGAGUCUCGGGGUGCUGCCACAAUGCGUUCACUGCAGGAGAAACUCGCAACGGAGGAAGCUAGGGGCAAGUUGGCGGCCGAGCAACUCGCACAGCGUUCAACCGAUUUUGAACAGGCCAGGAAUCAACUGGCAGCUCAGGUCAAAGCCUUAGAAACAGAACUUAUGACGGUCAAUGAUCGAGCAGUCGGUCUGAAGACCGAAAGUCAGCGCCAGCACACCAAGUCCGAAGCGCUCAUUUCCGCCUUGAAGCGUUGGGCUCACCAAGAAGGGACUCUCGCUGAUGGGUUGGAUAACCUUGGCGACAGUCAUGACGAUGUCGAGAAAAUAACCGAGAUCCUGGCACGUACUCUAGGGCCCAUCUCGGUUCGUCACAGCCCGCAAACCGUCAUUCCUUAUGCAAAUCCAGGUGAUUCACGGCUUUGCCAAAAGGAUAAACCCAUCCAGGAAAAUCUCAGAACCCACACAGGGGUUGACCAGCUUAAGGAGAAUGACAGUGGCAACGCACCGGGGAAACAUCCAAAGACUGACACUGAUGUCGUAGAGGGUACGUUUGAGAACGACCCGUUGCCGUACGCAUCAAGACUGCACCACAUGAGGCGUGUUGUCGUUCGCAGCCCGGCAAAUGUGCCGAAUGAGCCGGCCGCACCCUCAAUUGACCAGGAGAAGACGCGGAGACGAGAGGGUAUGCAACCAAAGUCUAUUAUGAAGCGAGUCACUAGAAGCACGUCCGGCAUGUUGAAACAGGGGAAUGCCGAUCCCGCUGCAGGACAAGGAGCCUUUAAGAGAAACAGAAACGACGAGUUCUCCAAUGACUCGACCCUUGUUCACGAACUCGAGGGCACCCGCGGCGACACCAGGGCUAUUUCGGCAUCCGAGGCAGACGCAACCGAGAGCACGAGCGAGGCGUUCUCAAAGCCACCCGUCAAACGAAGGCGCUCAGAGACGGUGAGACCCGAUAACUCGGUGACCUCCUUCAAAAGCUCCGGGCAGGAAAUGCAGGGGGAGUCAUCGAGGCCGACUCCGGUCUCAAAUCCCGGAGUGGCGGACUUUAAAGACGAGGAUACGGUCGUUGUCCAAAUCAAGAGUCAACGUCAGGGAAACCCGUCCAACACUAACGGUCCUCGCGAUACUUUCAAGUCUACAUCAGUUCGUAAAUCACGGACGUAUUCAAGAUCCGACUCACAGGGCUUGCACAGAGUACCGUCAACAAAUACCCGCCGAGCUCUGGGCUCAAAACAGACAAACAUGCGGACUUACGGCUCGCAAAGAACGGCCGGGGAACAUUCGGCGGCCGGCCAAUACACGGAAUCCCGCUUCCCACUACGGUCACAGCCGCAGUCUCGGUACUGGCCGCCGAAGCCGAAGGAUGAAUCGCAGGAGUCGAUGACUUUCUCGCAGGGUGUCGGUACCGACGGGACUUUGUUGCUUCCUUUCUAA